GCUCAAAAGUGGAACAGCUCGGUCGUUUCAGAAUUUCAAACUCGAUCGCCAUGCCUUCUUCUCCGCCGCCCCCGCUCGCGCUCUCGAUCCUCCUCUCCCGCCUCCGCGCCUGCGGCACAACCGCCUCGCACGCGCUCCAGUGCCACGCCCUCCUCCUCACCUCCGGCCACCUCGCCGCCUCCCCAAUCCGCCUCUCCAACCUCCUCCUCCUCGCGCUCGCGUCCGCCUCCGCGGCGGCCCACGCCGACGCCGUCUUCGCCCGCCUCCCUCCGGCAGCCUCCGGCCACGCCUUCCCCUGGAACACCCUCAUCCGCCUCCACGCCUCCGCGAGCCCCCGCAGGGCCCUCGCCUACUUCGUGCGCAUGCGCCGUAGCGCGGUGGACCCCGACGCCUACACCUUCCCCGCCGUCCUCAAGGCGCCCGGCUGCGGGAUCGGACUGCUGGUGCACGCCGAGGCCGUGAGGAGGGGUUUGGAUCGCGACCUGUUCACGCGGAACGCGCUCGUCAGCUUCUACUGCAGGACCGGGGACUGCCGCUCCGGACGGAAGGUGUUCGAUGACGGCGCGCGGGACCUCGUUUCGUGGAACUCCAUGGUGGCGGGGUACGUCGGAUGCGGCGAGUUGGAGCUGGCCCAGGAGCUGUUCGACGUAAUGCCGCAUAGGGACGCGUUCUCCUGGGCCGCCAUGAUUGAUGCCUACGGGAAGCGGCCUGGAGGUGUAGACCGUGCGCGCGAGUUGUUUGAUCAAAUGACCGAGAGGGAUCUGGUGUGCUGGAACUCGAUGAUCGAUGGAUACGCUAGGCAGGGGAGGAUGGAUGAGGUGACGGUGCUAUUCGAUGAAAUGCCUGAGAGGAAUGUGAUCUCAUGGAGCAUCGUCAUCGACGGGUAUGUCAGGUGUGGGGAGCCUUCGGAGGCUUUGGAACUUUUCCGACGGAUGCUAAGGUCCGGUAUCAGGCCUGAUAGGGUCGCUACAGUUGGGGCUGUCACGGCUUGCGCACAGCUGGGUGCUCUGGAGCAAGGCAGGUGGCUGCACUCUUACUUGGAGAAGAAGAAGGUUCUAUUCGAUGUUGUGGUGAAGACAGCUCUGAUAGAUAUGUACAUGAAAUGUGGACGCUUGGAUCUCGCUAUGUUGAUCUUUGAAAGCAUGCCUGACAAGACCGUGGUUACAUGGAAUGUGAUGAUUGUUGGACUUGGAACUCAUAGUUGCGGACUUGAUGCUGUCAAGCUUUUCUGCCAAAUGGAGUCUGAAGGAGCACCAAUGGAUGAUCUUAGUGUACUUGCCGUGCUGACUGCAUGCACACAUGCUGGGUUGGUCUCAGAGGGUUUACAGAUAUUUCAUAGAAUGAAGAAGGAUUUUGGGAUAGAUCCAAAGGUUGAACACUAUGGUGCAUUGGUUGAUCUCCUUGGCCGUGCUGGACAUUUGAAUCAGGCUAGGCAUGCCAUAGAGACAAUGCCCAUGGAACCAACUCCAGAAUUAUGGGGAUCUCUGCUUGCUGCCUGCCGAAGUCAUAGGUGCGUCGAGCUGGCUGAGCUGUCAGUUGAACGCCUAGCAAGUCUUGGAGCAGAUGACUCUGGAGUCUAUGUUCUUCUGUCGAAUAUCUAUGCUGAUGAAGCAAUGUGGGAUGGUGUCUCGAGGAUUAGGAGAUUGAUGAGUGCUGAAGGGAUGAAGAAGGACAUUGGAAGGAGUGUGAUUGAGGCGGAUGGACAAAUACACGAGUUUGUGAAUGGAGGCAGUUCACAUCCUGAUAAGGAUGAAAUUUACAUGAUGCUGUGGAAUUUAUCUAACAUGGUAGCAUCUGCUUGAAUGCUCUGUUGCACCGAAAUUGUGUUUAAUCCCUUGGCGUGAUGCCUGUUUGUUGAUUGAAAAUUCUUGGCAUGAAAUGCUACAUUGCUGGAUGGAGCUCUUGAAAACUCAGUGUCCCAGGGUUUCUUUCUGAAGCUGCUUGUCAUGACAAACAUUUGCAAAUGAAAACAAAGUUUUUGGUUGGAGCUAUGGCUUAUUUCCCAGAGGACUUUCGAGAUAUCAACAUGAUCGAAAAUUGCAGCUGAUAGUUAAUUACGCUGUUGGAAGAGUUACCUCCCAAGGUCUAUCGAUAUAACAGCCAAAUGGGUGCUUAGUUACUUGCACACUGGUCCAUGCCUUUCUUUGUAUUCAUUUUACUGGACUUAGUUGCAGACUGACUAAAGGGGUUCCGAAACGCAGAGAUCUUGAGAUCCAUGGGAUGGUGGUCCAUUUUGCUUUCAUUGACUUACUUGCACGGAGCCAGUUUUAAUGGGUAAGAAACAGUUUGGGGUAACCAGUUGAUGAUCAUGAGGUUUGUAAUAACGAUUUCAGGCUUAACCACAAGUGUGAUCUUAAUAAAAAGACUCUGAACCUCUGUUGAGUUGGUCUUUGACAUCAUCAGAAUGAAGAAAAGUGAAACUCGGAUUGAAGGCUGACGUCAUCAAGAUAGUAUGCAGCAAGUCCAAUUGUCAAUGUCGCCAGCUAUUUCUGUCUACUUUCUAGAUCAUUAUUUUACGUUUGAAUGAGAAUAGAUGGAAAUGUGAAAUAUAGUAGGAAUGGCCAUCUAAGCAUAAAAGUGCAAAGACCAACCAUGUUAUCUUUACGUGAAUUCUUUGGCGUCAUGUCAAAUUCAUUCUUUUCCACAUUACAAAGCUGUUCUGAAUCCA